UUGCAGGUCUGCGUUUUUGUUUACAUGUGUUUGCAUUUUUAAAGCCAGUUACAUAUGUUAGCUGUUACCAGAUAGCUGAAGGUGACCGGUGGUACGUCUCGGUGUUUUCUGGAUUCAACGUGAACGUUACACGCCGCCGCAAGAACAGGAACUCGAAAGGUUUCUCUCUAAUUUUGGUCAUUUUCAAUUGAAUUUUAGUUGGGUUUUUCUUUUACAGCAACGUAACGUUACUUAAGUUAAGCUGAGAUACAACAUCUCGCAUACGCGAAAUCUUUUUUUUUUUUUUUUUUUAUAAAUCAGCGGACGUUGGUUAGGUGUUAAUAUGUGAUGUUAGAGAGAAAUGCGGCGUUUUGGUGUCUGGUGUGGGUCUGUUUCGGUUUUCGUUUCUCCCCUGAUGCUCCUGGCUUUGACACACAGCUCUCCACUGUCACCUGAUCACAUGGCAACUCACACCGAGAUGAAAGGGAAUAUCUUGGAGGGCAUUUUGCUGAACUGACUAACAUGAUGAGAAGUAAAUGUAAAGCAAGCGACGCGUGGAAAAGGGGAACCGAACAUUAGUUUUUCGUCAUUCAGCUCUGUUUGACCGUCCCCGGAGUCUAAAAAGUUGGUUUAUUGGACUUAUUUUUUUAACCUUGCACGGUGUACCUGAUGAAGGCGCGUGCUUAGGUUUUCGUUUGAAGUGUUAUAUUCUCCCACGAGCCAUAAUGUCGGACCCAGAGAUGUCUCUGCCAGUCCUCAAGAAGCUCAGCUAUGCGGUGGGACACUUUCUGAACGACCUGUGUGCCUCCAUGUGGUUCACAUACCUGCUGGUGUUCUACCACUCGGUACUGGGAUUCCACAACACGAAUGCAGGUGUGUUGCUGUUGGUCGGCCAGAUAGCCGAUGGUAUCUGUACGCCUCUCAUUGGCUACGAGUCUGACCGAACCCCUGGCUGUGGCAACUACGGCAAGAGGAAGACAUGGCAUUUAGUCGGUACACUGAGCGUGGUGAUAUCCUUUGCCUUCAUCUUCAACCAGUGUGUGGGCUGUGACCCCCUCACCCCUCAGUGGGCCAGUUUGACCUACUUCAUCCCGUUCAUCGUCGUCUUUCAGUUCGGCUGGGCCGCCACCCAGAUCUCCCAUCUGUCUCUCAUUCCGGAGCUGGUCACCUGUGAGCACGAUAAAGUAGAACUCACUGCAUACAGGUAUGCGUUCACAGUGAUAGCCAACAUCACAGUGUAUGCAGUGGCUUACCUGCUGUUCCACUUCCAGGCCGGAGAGCACAACGACCCGCUCAGUGAUGGGCUUGGACCAGCAGAUAUCCCCGUCUUCAGGAAUCUGGCGUUGAUUGUGCUGGCCAUCGGCGCUCUCUUCUCCCUCCUCUUCCACCUGGGUAUCACAGAGAGGAGGCGUGAAACAGGGGGGGAGGCCGGGGGAGAGGAGGGGAGGAGGAGUAUAGGGGAGGAGGAAGAGGAAGAGGGGGAGCGGAGGCCCCUGCUUCCUCGCCCGAGGACUUCCAUGUAUCUUCUGCAGUGGAAAUGUUGGCUGAAGCAGCCUUCUUUUUACCAGGUGGCCUUACUUUACAUGUGUACCAGGUUAAUCGUCAAUCUGUCUCAGACAUACAUCUCAAUGUAUCUCAUCAACACUCUGGGGCUGCCCAAGAACUUCAUUGCAACCAUCCCAUUAGUGAUGUACCUGAGUGGCUUCCUGUCCUCCUUCAUCAUGAAGCCUGUCUCUAAACUCAUCGGGAAAUGUCUCACCUACUUCGUGGGCCUGCUGCUGAUUAUGGCCUUCUCCUACUGGGUGCUGUUGGAUGGCCAGAUGGGUCAGCGGGUUUACGGGGCUGCGGUGCUGCUGGGGGCCGGGUCAGCCACCAUCCUGGUCAUAUCGCUCGCCAUGACCGCGGAGCUCAUUGGCGAUCAGACGCAAAGUGCAGCAUUUGUGUAUGGAGCCAUGAGUUUCACUGAUAAAGUGGCUAAUGGGUUAGCUGUGAUGGUCAUUCAGGCUCUGCAUCCUUGCCGUACUGUGGUGUGCUGUCCGGCCUGUGUGUGGUUCUAUCAUUACAUCAUGGUCAUAGUAACGGGAGGCGUCACAGUCGUUGCGGCUUUGGCGCUCUGCUCCAUCCUCAUCUGGCCAAUCAAGAUCAGACCACUUAUCUCUAAGGAUGAAGCCAGAGUCAACUGACAGUCCUCUUCCCUACAACAACUGACAUCCUGAAGGACAAGAGCUUUCACUUUUGUUUCUUUUGAAGAUUCAUCUCUACUUUUUCUGGAAAAACGCCUCAGGGGAAUUCCUGACUGACGGCUCGACUAGUGCAAUCAUUGUGAUACAUUCAUCACUUCUGAUAAAGUAACAGGGGUGAGAAGGGAAACCAUUUUUUUUUUCCAGUUUUCUCAUCAUGUUCCAAAAAUGAUGUUCAUCCCAGUCCCCGGUAAUUAUAU